GGCAGGCCCCGGCGGCUGAAAGCCGGGGCAGAAGUGCUGGUGCUGGUCCGGGUUCGUGUCCCGGUCCCGCCCAGGCGGCGACUGCGGUAGGAAGAAGGAGGUGUUGCACGCGCUGGCCCGCCGCCGCUAUACAUUGCAGCCUUAUCUCAGCUCAAAAUGAACUAUAUGCCCGGUACCGCCAGCCUCAUCGAGGACAUCGACAAAAAGCAUUUGGUCCUGCUUCGAGAUGGAAGGACACUUAUAGGCUUUUUAAGAAGCAUUGAUCAAUUUGCUAACUUAGUGCUACAUCAGACUGUGGAGCGUAUUCAUGUGGGCAAAAAAUACGGUGAUAUUCCUCGAGGGAUUUUUGUGGUCAGAGGAGAAAAUGUGGUCCUACUAGGAGAAAUAGACUUGGAAAAGGAGAGUGAUACACCCCUCCAGCAAGUGUCCAUUGAAGAAAUCCUAGAAGAACAAAGGGUGGAACAGCAGACCAAGCUGGAAGCCGAGAAGCUGAAAGUUCAGGCUCUUAAGGAUCGAGGUCUCUCUAUUCCUCGAGCAGAUACUCUGGAUGAGUAUUAAGUCUUUUGCUCAGAGGCUGUUGCUCUUGGGGAGCAGGAGCUGUUACUGAAUGAAAGUGACAUCCUGGUCACCUCACAUGUAGAGACUGCAGAGUUUUGAAAAAUCAUUUUUAUUUUGAAUUCUUUCACAUAUGCAACAUGAAGAAAUCAGGUGGCUUUUUUUCUCCUUUUUAAUAACAAAAGCAUUGUUUAAAGAAACGGUGGUAUGGACUCCUUUCACACCUCACUUUGGAGCCAGCAGCUACUUCUUCAUAUUGCUCUUCUCGUUCCAAAUUAGAGUUUACAGGAGACGUUCUUCAUUUACUUGUAAAUAAAAUAUGAAUCUCAAAACUGU